AUGUCUUCUCCAACGGAAAGAGAUCCCCUGCCACCUAAUCACAAUGCCAUCGGAUCUUCGGCUACAAACAUCAAUGCCGUUUCGAGACCGACCCUCAUCUGGAUCCGAGCUGCGAUAUGUAUUCCGGUCUUUCUCAGUGCAAUGGAUGGAACAAUUGCUGCAACACUUCAACAGCCCAUUGGUGAAUCCCUUGAACUAUCAUAUAUAUCAUAUAUAGCGAGCUACGUAGGAGCGAGUUAUCUACUGUCCACGUGCUGCUUUACGCCUCUAUAUGGGCGCUUGUCAGACAUUUUCGGACGCAAAGGAGCAAUGCUCCUUGCACUCACACUCUUUACAAUUGGGAGGCUUCUAUGUGUUACCGCUCCGUCCAUGGAAGCACUCAUCGCAGGACGAGUAAUUGCUGGCAUGGGAGGUGGAGGUGUUAUGACAGUGUCCAAUAUCACGGUCACGGAUCUUAUCCCAUUGAGGUAUCGUGGACUAUUUCAGGGACUUCUCAAUAUUCUUCUCGGUGCUGGUGUUGGGCUUAGUGGGCCGCUCGGUGACUGGAUCUCUGAUAAUUUUUGCUGGAGGAUUGCAUUUGGCUUUCAAGUUCCACUCCUCGUCCUUGCAGCGAUCCUCGUCUCAAUCCAUGUCAACAUUAUCCUUCCCAAAGCACCUUUGACACUCAAGCAGAAGCUAGCCAAGGUCGACUGGCUUGGUUCAGUGACAUUGGUUGUCGCCGUGUCUUCCAUCUUGAUCGGGUUUAGCUUCCAGGCGACAGAAGACCUCGACUGGUCCGAUCCACUCGUGUGGGGACCGUUAGUCUUCAGUAUAUUUACAUUUGCCUCGUUCUGGCUCGUCGAGGCGAAAGUAUCCCCGGAACCUGUGCUACCGAUGCGACUUUUACUCAGCCGAACGCCGCUGGCUGUUGCGUUGACAAACUUUUUCGGUUCUGUUGUCAGCUUCUCGGUGCUGUACAACGUUCCACAGUACUUUAUGGCACUCGCGCUAUCCGUCGGAUCUGUCGGUGCCGGAUGGGUUAUGCGCCGUCCUGGCAAGUAUUGGUGGGUGAUCAUCGCGAGAACAGCGCUCUCUUUGUUCGCUUCUAUUCGUAUCGCCACCUGGGACCAGAACCAACCGUCGGAAUUCGACUUCUGGUUUGAUGUCAUACCUAAUGGGUUGGGUUUCGCGGCGAUGUUGACGUCCACCCUCAUUGCAAUUAUCGCGUGUAUCUCACGAGAAAACAUGGCUGUUGCCACUGGAAUCACAUACCUCUUUCGUACCACAGGUCAAGUGCUCGGCGUGAGCUUAUCAGAAACGUUGUUUCAAGCCAUAUUGAUGAAGCAGCUGCGAGAAAGGAUGCCAGGUCCUGACGCCAGUAUCAUUAUCAACACCGUCAGACACAAUGCAGGACUAGUCAGUUAUCUUGAAGGUGCUCAGCUACAGGCAGCUGUCGACUCAUUUGCGAUCGCAUUGAGGGUGGUUUUCAUCUGCCAAACUGCAUUAUCUUUGAUCACGAUGAUGUGCGCCCUACCGAUUGAGGAAAAACCGCUUCCAUAG